AUGAUGGCAGCCAACUCGAUCGUCGUUCAAAAGCCGCCGAGCACGUUCUUGUGCUCCUUUUCCCUCUACGCCUCCACAAUUAUCAUGGCUUUCCUGCAGACUGUGCUCACGGCGCUACUCGCGUAAGUUCAGCCUCUGCCUGAGAUGCCUAUAUUUUACACUUUUUCAGAAUCCUGUACCGAGUGAAGAUCGAGGGGGACAGUGUCAUUCUGCGUAUUCUCUUCUGGAUCCACGUAUUCUGCUCGAUUAUCGCUCUUCUCUUCUCUGUCUUCUGCCUGGUCAAACGGAAAAUUGGCUCCACUUACGAAGUGGUCCUGCACGGAUACCUGCUUAGUGUGGUCAGUCCCUUUCCCGCCCCUUCCAGUCCCUUCAUCCGGUCCGUUUCAGCUGAUCAACGGUCUGACCGCUCUGUUCGGGUGCUCUACGUGCCGCUGUUCUUCCUGCAGACGUCGCACUCUCUGAUGGAGGGUCUCGACUACUUCAUCUGCUUCACGCUCUCCGGCGUCGUGCUCUUCUUGCAAUGGGCCGUCAAACAAGUCACCGAACAAAUGCUACCGGUUAUGGAACACGACUUCAAAGUCUGAAUCUCACUUCCCCUUUCAAUUAUUUCACAUUUCCUGAUCUGGUUCUCUUUUUUUGGUCGAAAAAAUAAACUAUGAACUCGGUGAAGUUGGAGUGUCACUUCAAAAAGCGAUCAUAUUAUGCAAAUUCGUCUUCGCCGAGUUGACCUCUCAAAUAUUUGGCCAUAUUUGCCACCUUUUGCCUCCAUUGUGCUCAAAUCCAUGUCAUGAGCACUUGUUUCUUUUCUCUCUCGGUGGGCGCCACUUGUCUGUUUGUUUUCAAUUUGCAUCGACUCCUCCCGAGGCUUCCUCCCUUGUUUCUGCCGGUAACUGCCCCGUGCUCCACGAGGUACUCGACUCGCUUCCGGCAUAUCUCGCAUUUUUGAUCAUCCGUCAAUCGUACCGAGCCGCCGACAUGCAUCUCCUUCUGACGCUCUCCCUCUUUCUCGCUGAUUCUCUCCAGACGACGUCCGCGUUUCCCAGCUCGCACAUCGAUUGGUGCCUCUAUUUUCAACGACUUCACAUUUAUAAACCAGAGUGCAAAUUCUAUGAUGACGUCGAUUUUCACGUGGAACGAGAGAUACGGGGUGAGUAUUCUACUAACAUUAUGAGACUACAGUAAUCUAGCAAAGCAGCGAGAAGUCUACCGACUACUAAACUUAUGAGAAUCUAAUUUUCUAGCAAAACCCAUCUCAAAAUCGGCGGAAUUUUCGGUGCUCGCCCUGCAAAUGGCGCAAUGCUCUGCCCAUUACAUGUACUGCACCGAAAACUACCAGUGCGGUCCCAAUCAUUUGGUCAGUUUCUCCCUUCCAUUUCUCAUCGUUCCCUUCGUUUUCAGCGGUGUAUCGACAUGCUCCGCUACCGUGAGUGCUGUGCUCCGACUCGUCGCGAGUGCCCACCGGUCAGCCACCUCAACUUCCGCUGUCUUGUUCCAGAACCUGUAAACUGGUGUGACGCCGAUUCGGAUUGUCACACGACUCCGCAAAGGAGGUGUUGCCCGACCGGCUGUAAUUAUAACAUUUGUAUUUAA